AUGUUACGCAAGUAUGUGCAUGGUGAAAUACAUCGCUGGGAUGAUUUUCUUGACACCGCUUUGUUUGCAUGCCGCAUUCGCAAACAUCGAACGACACAAAUGAGUCCAUUUUUCAUGGUGUAUGGUCAAGACCCCAAGUUACCUGGUGAUCCAUUGCGUCCUCUUAUUACUGCUGAUGAACCACAAGAUGAUCCCCAAGCACAUGUUUCAAGUCGACUCCCCACACUUCGUUCCUUACGUGAUGCUCGUGCUCAAGCUAUUACAAGGAUGCAAAAGGAUCGUGAAAAAGACAAGGCUCAAUGGGAUUUGCUCACCAAGAAGCAAGUUUAUUCGGUUGGCGACUUUGUCUUAUUACGACACGAAAACAAGUUUGGCUUGGAAUACAAUUGGCGUGGUCCUUACAAGAUUGUUGAACGUAACCUUGACACGGAUAUCUACAAGUUACACAGCAUGAAUGGUGAAGCAUACAAGUCUUGGGUGCACACUGAUCGUUUACGUCCCAUUCAUAUCAACAAGGCCGAUGGUAAUCCUGACACAUGGUACGAUCCCACUGCUACAAGAGCACGUUGGCGCCAACUUACCGAUGCUGCCAAUACUAUUGCUUCCGUGUUGGUCGAGGGCGACCAAGAUUUUCGGGAGGGGUAUUGUCGUAGAAGGUCAUGUGACCACGUGACCUAG